AUGACCCACGACCUCCUCAACUUCCAGGCUGUCCGCCCAGUUCAUCCCAAGCCCUCAACAGGAACACACCAAAAAGUCGUCAAGGCAACCCUCGGCGACACAGCCUCCCAAGUCCAGCUUGGAAACAUGUACAGGAGAGGAGACCGUGUCGAUCAAGACUAUCCUGCUGCUCGUUACUGGUUCCGGAAGGCUGCCGACGAAGGCGACACUUCUGGUCAGAACGGUCUCGGCUAUCUCUACCGCCUGGGACUCGGUUACCUCAAGGCGGCGAAUCAAGGAGACGCGACUGGACAGUGCAACAUUGGACUGGUGUACGAUUUCAGUCUCAUUGGCUCGGUGAACUACAGGGCGGCGAUCGACUGGUACCACAAGGCGGCACGCCAAGGUCGCGCCCAUGCAUAUGCCAGCAUCAGAGACCUGUACGCCAAUGGACAAGGCGUGCCCCAGGACUACGUCAAAGCCUUGAAUGGUGCACCUCGAAACCUGAGGAAGGCUUUCAAAUGGUUCGAAAACGCGGCACUGCAUGGGCAUUCGCCCUCACAGCUCAUGCUAGGCGUCAUUCACUUCUACUCUGACGCUAGUGUCCCCUUGGACUAUGCAAAAGCACUUUACUGGAUCCAGAAGGCAGCCUCACAGGGCGUCGCACUUGCCCUGUUCAUGGUCGGUACCAUCCACUUUAAAUGGCUUGGAGUCCCCCAAACCUACACCACGGCCAUCGAGUGGUUCCACAAGGCUGCGGACCGCCGCUUCCCACAGACUCAACACCAGCUCAGCAUGAUGUACCUUCUUGGCGAGGAUCUCGCUCGGGACUUUCCAAAGUCCUGGGAAUGGUUCCGUAAGGCCGCGGAUCAGAACUUCUCCGAGUCCCAGUUCCAGGUCGGCAAUAUUUAUCACUAUAGUCGGGGUGUUGCGAAAAACUAUAGGGCGGCGACAGAGUGGUAUCUGAAGGCUUCGGGCCAAGGAUCAGGGGAGGACCCUGAUGAUCUCCAGGGUCUGGAGGAGCUGAUUCGUAAAGAGAAGAACAAGAAGUUGACUUGUUCUAAACUGAUGUUUUGUUAG